AUGACUACCGUAGGCCAGAUCUUUAAAGAGAGUGCUGUCUCGUUAAAGAGAUUCCAUGACACUGUCCCGGACGUGAUCUUGAAGAACAGCAAGAAAGGGGAAGAUAACAAGCGUAUUUGGGGAAGAUGCUUUAAAGCUGCUGUUGCUGAGUUGAACAUAAAGAACUAUACCAAGGAGCAACCAGACUGGGAGGAAAUCGAGAAAAAGGCAACCUCCAGUAAAAGGGGACGAGAAGAAGCAGCAGCCUCAUCACCCACACCCGACUCAUCACCCACACCCGACUCAUCACCCACACCCGUCCCAUCAUCCACACCCAUCCCGUCUACGACAGAAAGUACAAACAAACGAUGGAAAGUGAAUGGAGUAGAAGUGUCAGAAGCCUUACUCGAAUACAGAAAGUUGUCGAUCGAAAAAGGUGAAAGAAAGAUGCUUGGUACUUACCAGGAAGAGCUAUCUGUCAAUGGUAUUUUCUUGUUUGACGACUUGAGCAGUGUUCAUCCAGAUUCAUCGUUGGAGUACGGGUUUGACAAUGACACAUGGGAAGCAAUCACUGACGAGUGCAAAACACAAUAUCCUCUUGUCGCAUUAUCAGAAAAAACAGAAGCUAUUGUUAACAAAUUUGCAAAGGCUGGUAAAAAGAAUUACAAGGAAUGCAGCGGUAUUGCAAAAGAACUGAGCGAUGAUGAAGACGAGAUUAACAGCCAAAUUCGAGAAUCACUUAUUAGCAUGCACUUCUAUUCUUCAAAAUCAUCAAAGAAAGCCGAUCAAUUAGAGAGCACUUUCUCGAUGUCCGCUGUUUGCCCAUUAAUGCUUUCAUUUUUGGAUGAAACACAUUUGUUGACAAGAAAAGGAACUGGCUUUUUUUUCACUGACUUGUCUAUGAACUUUGAAUAUGGUGCAAUGCCAACAGAAGGGCUCUUAUUGGUAGAAAUCAAGCCGCCCUACAAAGUUCACAAUGGAAGUAGACCAGAUUUAGUCAAAUUGGCUAAUGUAAUGAAGGAUUCUAUGGACAAAAUGGUUGAGGACCGUAUUGACGAUCCAGAAAUCACUGUGUUAGGAUUGCUGGUUGAAGGUUUCCGAUGCACUCUAUUUGUAAUGGAUUUGCAUUAUCAAGGCAUCUACCGGUUAGUGCCCUUGUCUGUUUUUUUUAUUCCGCGAGAUCGCAACGAUUUCAGUGUUCUCCCAAGCUGCUAUGAGGCACUCGGAACUUUGCAGUUUGGAUGGAUGGCCCUGUACAUAUGCAUUAUCAUGCUACUGCUACAAGAAUAG